GCAAGCGUUCCCAGAAAUCUCGCGAUGUUGCGUCUCUUGAGUUUAUAAACAGUGACAUUGCUGCUUUCAAGCCAACUGGGAACUCGGAAAAAAACUAGGUCAAAUCAUAACGUCAGUGAUCUUCAAGUCGGAAAGUUGCAGCUCAAGAAAGAUGCUCCAGCUUCCGACUUUGAAUUCCGAGUUGAUUGACAGUUCAAACGUUUUUCCCAGAGUCCCAGUUGUCAUGAAUGGACUGAAGUCGGAUAUUUCCAUGUUUCCAAUUGCUUUGAAUGUAGCAUAUGAUAGCAAUUGAUAGAGCAGACACAACAGGGCUCUGUAAACGUUGAAAAAGUAGCCUAGGUUAUAUCCUAGUACUUCCGUGUUUGUACAAUAGCUGUUCCCGAACCUGGAAAAAGUGGACAAGUGGUGUUUGUUGCAGUGAACCGCCCACAUAAGGAUCAUCAACCAUGUCCACCUCUAUCACCACUACAAAUGGAGUUGUGGUAGUGACACAAGUUUUCCCCUUGGCGGAGAGUGGCAAGGCUUCAGUGCCACUUCUGAAUGUCACUCCCCAAAUCCAGAGUGCGCCCCCCGCUGUGCCACUGCUGACCACUAAAGUGUCAGAGAUGACAAGGGUGUUCCUGCAGGUUCAGCCACAAUCUCUUGGGAUUGUGCAGAUCGUUCUUGGAUUGGUGUGUAUGGUGGUGAGCCUGUCUGCUCUUCUCACCCCUAUCCUGUAUGACCAGUUCCCACUCUUCAUGGGAGUUUCUUUUGUCCUCUCUGGAUCUCUCACUGUGGCUGCCCGGAAAGGAACACGUUUGAGUCUGAUUAAAGGGACUCUGGCUGUGAAUGUUGUCAGUGUUCUUGUGGCCCUGGCUGGGGUUGCCUAUAUUUGCAUGCUGCUGACUGUAAAACAUGAAGAUGGUUUCUGCACCGACACUGACGACAACUAUACUUCCAAUUCCAACCAGAACGGGAUAAAGGAAUGCACAAUCAUGGUUAGGACACUAUAUAAAGUCUUGAAUGGGGUGAAGGGCCUACUGCUGGUCCUGACGGUGAUGGAGCUCUGUGUGGCUCUCACUGUCUGCGUCUUCUCUGGGAAAUCCAUUCACCUCCGUGGGUACUACAGCCUGAGCUGUGGCCGGGGGAUGGUGGUGGUAGAGACUGGUACUGACCCCACCGGAGCCAGCCAGGCCUCCCUGAGUGACAGUGACGUGGCCUUACUGGGCAGUGUUGAAGACUCUGACACCCCGGCUCCACCGUACUCUCCUUGAGGCAGAACCAUACCAUACACCUCACCCUACUUCUCACAACACGUAUUGCAUUGUAGUAUACCCUAUGUACUCGUGUGUACUCAUGUUUCUCUUGUUUGAAUUUAUUUCACAAUUGCUUACCUAAACUGCAUGAAGAUUAUUAUUAUUAUUAUUAUUAUUAGGAAGUGUGACGCCAUUGUGAAUGUUUCCGAUGUUUUGUUAUCAAUGUGAACAGUCGUGUCCUGAUGAAUGUAGUGCUUACUAAUUCAUGAAGUAGGACUAUUCUCUUUGCUAUUUCAUAUUACUGGAGAGUUGAUAUCUUGAUUUCUGACAGUAUCAUUCUUUCAUUCAAUAAAUCUAAUAUUUCCUC